AUGCAUCAAGACGACUUUGAUCCUGGGCAGCUUAAAUGCCCUGAUUGUCCCGUUACUUUCAGCAACAAAGCUAAUCUUAACAAACAUUUGGCUAAACAACAUAGGACGCAGGUAGAAACCAUCAAGGGGCGUUGCUACAAAGGUAGACGUCGUAAUGCCAACCUCAGAUAUUACGAAAAGAAGAAAAUCGAAAAAACGUUGGCGAAUCAAGAUUCAGAUUCUAUGACAGCAACUCAGCUUCGUAAUCAGAGAUACUACCGCCAAAAGAUGUUGAAUAAAGCAGUAACAAUUACGCGUGCUCAUAUAUUGGAUACACUCUUUGUGGAUUUUGACGAGGAGCUUUCCAAAUUGUCAGGCGAUAAUUUAAAAAUGAUCAGAGAUUCCCGCAAAUUCCAUUUCACUAAUUAUUAUGAGGACAUGGAAGUGCAAUAUAAGCUUAUUAUCCGUUAUACAGACGUACCUGAUACGUACCGUAGCCGUAUUGCCACUAUCACAAUUAUAUUAGAUUUUCUUCACUUAGUUUUCCCUUCCAACAUCAAGAAAGAUUACGAUGCAAAGAGUGUGUCGUACCUGUGGUGA